GCAAAAUCCUCGUGCUAUACGUACACCACGCUACAAAACCUUCCUGUUGCUGGGCGUGUCAACGUCUACGGUGUGGUGUACUCAAUCACCGCACUGACCCUCGGUGGGCGAAUCAUUGAAAUCGCGGAUGAAAAUGGGACAGUUUAUGCAAAGAUUAGCAAGGAGUCAGAAACUUUCUUCAAAAAAUUGCAAAUGAAGGACAUACUUCGAUUACAUCGAGUGGAGGUUGGCUCUUAUCGAGGUGAAAAAACUUUGAUAGUGGAAAUUGGAGCUCAUGGUUGUCACGCUGUGGCUUGGUCGGGCUCGUCGGCUAGACCCAAAUUGAUAACAUCGAAGAAGUACACUUUUGACGACCAAGAUAUCACAAGGCGUUCUGAAUUGCUAAAGUGGUGUGAAAACGGAGAAAUCAACGAAGAAGUACCUUCAAGGAGCGACAAUGUUAAUCUUCCAAACCAAAACCCAUCGGCUGAGCAGACCAGUACCUCCUCCCCGACCAAGGAAAACUUACCUAUGAAGUUGCCCAAGCCGAAAAUUUGUACCACGGUCAAAAGCGCAAGCGACAUUCCACCUCUAUGGAACAAGUUCUUCAACUGGUAUGCGGAGGUUUUGGGCGUUUACAAAGGAAAAGGCGAACCAUUUACAGUGUUCGUGAAAGGUUUGGGAUGGAUCACUGCCGAGUUUUCCUGA